CUCCGGGGCACAUAUGUAGCGAAAGUGUCAAGUGCACAGGUGACAGGGGGCGUUGGCCAGGAGUAUCCUGAAGCUCUUGUUUGUGCACCCACAGAGGCUAAAGUGCUGUCUUCUCUUGGAGAGAGAGGUUCGGGUCAGUCUGCUCUGGAGUCUGGAAGUAAGCAGCUGGAGCGCCUGUUGACAACCCAAAAGCCUUGUUAGUCUAGUCACCCCCGGUGGAACUCUGAAGCAGGAGUAGGGGGUGGGAAAGGAAGCAGAUAAAAGGCAAGUGAAAGAAAGGAGGAGGGGCAGGCUCUGACCCAGCCAGCCCUGUGCUCUCUUCCUGCCUAGCCUGGGCCAGUCUCCAGGAGCCCAAUGGCCAACUAUGAAUUUUCCCAGGUGUCUGAGGACAGACCUGGCUGCCGCCUCACUAGGAAAGCCCAGAUCGGUCUUGGAGUGGGUCUCCUGCUCCUGGUCGCCUUGGUAGUGGUCGUGGUCAUAGUUCUGUGGCCGCGCUCACCCCUGGUGUGGAAAGGGAAGCCUACCACGAAGCACUUCGCUGACAUCAUCUUGGGACGCUGCCUGAUCUAUACUCAAAUCCUCCGGCCGGAGAUGAGAGAUCAGGACUGCAAGAAGAUACUAAGUACAUUCAAAAGAGGGUUUAUUUCCAAGAAUCCUUGCAACAUCACCAAUGAAGACUACGCACCACUGGUUAAAUUGGUUACUCAAACCAUACCAUGUAACAAGACUCUCUUUUGGAGCAAGUCCAAACACCUGGCCCAUCAGUAUACUUGGAUCCAGGGGAAAAUGUUCACCCUGGAGGACACACUGCUGGGCUAUAUUGCAGAUGAUCUCAGGUGGUGUGGAGACCCCAGUACUUCCGAUAUGAACUAUGACUCUUGCCCACAUUGGAGUGAAAAUUGUCCCAACAACCCUGUUGCUGUGUUCUGGAAUGUGAUUUCCCAAAAGUUUGCAGAAGAUGCCUGUGGUGUGGUCCAAGUGAUGCUCAAUGGGUCCCUCAGUGAGCCAUUUUACAGAAACAGGAGGAAGAGUGGGAACCAAGGUCGGUUGCGCUCAAUGGUGUCCAGCAGGCUGAACUGUAACAGGAGUAAUGCAUGUUCGAGCCCCUCCAUAAAUGAGCUGAAGUCGAUUGUGAACAAAAGGAAUAUGAUAUUUGCCUGCCAGGAUAACUACCGACCUGUAAGAUUUCUUCAGUGUGUGAAGAAUCCUGAGCAUCCAUCAUGUAGACUUAAUGUGUGAAGGACUUGGAUCUCAGAAUCCCCACACACACUCCGCAGCACGCAAUGAGGUGAAAGAUUCAGAAGCAACACUGUCGGGAAAGCAGCAGUUGUCAGGGAGAGGUCUCUACUACAAUGCUAACAUCAGAGAUGGAAGAGCUUCCCAAUACAUUAUGACAGAACGACACGAUCAGCUCAGUGCGUCCUGUGUACUACCAGUAAUAGUCAAGAAAAGUCACUCCAUAAACCAGAGUUAAGGUUCUAUAUUGUUAUUUCAAUGUGGUGCUUUUAUAUUGUUUAUAUUUUGCUAGCAUCCUUUUUUCCUCUCUUUUAAUGAGGUCUCUCUUUCUCUCUUAAUGAGGCUGAGAAUCAGACCUGAGAACUUGCACACAUGGUGGAUAAGCCUAUAUACCACUGAGCUAACUCCUCAGCAUGGCUGGAUUUUUAUUGAAAAAUGCCAAUCCAACUUCCCAUUGGACAAAGAAAAUCAAACAUCAAGUUUAUCGAAAUGAAUAACCUUAUUUUUUUAUGUUUUUGCAUUCUCCCCACAAAUAUUCAAAUGGUAAACAUGAGGUCAUAGGGUCAUUAUAGAGAAGGUGCUCUGUGGAAACUACCCACAUGCCCUGUGCUUUAGUCGAUUUUUAACCCAUCCAACAUGUCCUUGUUAACUUUGAGUUUUAUUGGGGGGGAUUGGGGGGGGUUAACGUGAGAAAAUGGAGUUUAGAGAGAUAAUUUAUUUUCCUAAAGUCACAUUCUUAGGAUCAUGGUUACAUCUGAAAUUAAAUCAGUUCUGUCAAAGUCAACAACAUAAGUUUUUUUUUUUCUUUUCUGAGCUUUUAUUGCCAAAUUGAUAGUAGCCUGUGUUAUCGUCUAGCAAUAGACUCUGCAAUGUGAUCUUUAUGGGUGAUUUCGAAACUAAUUACUUGCACUCUCUUUCUCUUCUUCCUCAUUCUUGGUGCCUUCUGUAGGUAGUCAGGAGUUAGCUUACAUUUGUUGCUGAUAUCGGCAAUUUAUGUUUUUUAUCCUUUUUUUCUUACAUCUGUCUUGCUCGGAGUCACUAAUUUGGUUGUUAUUUUGUUGUUGUUGGUUGUCUUUUUCAAAGCUCCACUCUUUACCCUUCCUCAUUUAUUUAUUUAAUUGAGCUUUUGUCUAUUUUUAGAAACAUAGAAAUUUCUUCUGUCUUCAAUAUCUCCAUUUAGCUUUUUUGAGGCAAAUGUUUAGACCAUUGCUAUUUCAGCCUGUUCUCUUUUUUCUUUUUUAUAGGAUAUUUUAUGUAUUUACAUUUCAAAUGUUAUCCCCUUUCCCAGUUCCCCCGCCCUGAUUCUAUGAGGAUACUUCCCCUUCCACCCACCCAUUCCCACCUCACCACCCUGACAUUCAUUCCCCUACACUGGGAAAAUGAGCCUUCACAGGACCAAGGGCUUCUCCUCCUAUUGAUGCCUGACAAAGCCAUCCUCUGCUACAUAUGUGACUGGAGCUAUGGGUCCCUCCAUGUAUACUCCUUAGUUGGUGGUUUGGACCCUGAGUACUCUGGUGGGUUUGUUUGGUUGAUAUUGCUGUUCUUCCUAUGGGGUUGCAAACCACUUCAGCUCCUUCAGUUCUUUCUCUAUCUCCUCCAUUUAGGUCCCUGUGCUCAGUCCGAUGUUUCUCACUAGUUUCCCCCUGGGCCCUGCUUUUGCUGUAACACUGAAUUUCUGUAUGCCUUUCCUGCUUACUUACGAUUCAGUUCAAAAUAAUUCCUGAUUUUAUUGUUAUUUAGAAAUGUGAUAUUUACUUUUCAACAACUAAAGAAUGUUUUCUUUUUUUAAAUGUCUUUAGUGGGUAUCAAUAAACUAAAUUGAAACAGCA